CCUUCCCCUCAUUCAAAGACGAAAAAAUGUGCGGCAGCGGUUGUUAUGACGAGAGGGAAAUAUAAACCGAUCUGUUGUUGACUUCAUUUGUUAUCGUCAUUAAACGCUCCUCGAGAAACGGUACACAAGUGGGCAAAGGGACUAACAGAAAAAUGCAGAGAGCCUCCCGUUUGAAGAAAGAACUUGCAAUGUUGACCACCGAGCCACCUCCUGGAAUCACAUGCUGGCGCAUCGAAGACCGCAUUGACGACUUACGGGCCCAGAUACUUGGCAGUGCAGGAACUCCAUAUGAAGGUGGAGUCUUCUCCUUGGAGCUCAAAAUCCCAGAGAGAUACCCCUUUGAGCCACCCAAAAUACGAUUCUUGACUCCCAUCUACCACCCAAACAUCGACACUUCAGGACGUAUCUGCUAUGAGGCUCUCAAACUCCCUCCAAAGGGAGCCUGGAGGCCUUCCUUAAACCUUUCUACACUUCUUACCUCCAUUCAACUUCUAAUGGCUGAACCGAAUCCAGAUGACCCGCUCAUGGCUGAUAUAGCGUCGGAGUUCAGAUACAACAAGCAGCUGUUUCUGCAGAAGGCCAGGAAAUAUACAGAGGCACAUGCUGUUCAGAAGGGAAUCUUGGAGGGAAGCACCAAACACAAUGUCCCAAAACAGAAUGGACCAUCACGGAAAAGAGCGUCUUCUGAUGCUGAGCAGGAGCCACACGAGCAAGCAAAGAGAACCCCUUUUUAGUUCCAACCACCUUUGAUUUAACUGCAUUCGUUGGCACAGACUUUUCAGUAUAUCUGCAUGGUUUUAAUUGUUUAUUUUGCUGUUUGAGAUGUAUAUACAUAUAUGGAUGUUUGUCUUUUAAUAAAUACACUUUACUGUGGUGAUGGUUUUAAAUAGCAGUGAGGGCAGAAUUGUUCCAGUACAGAAUAUAGUUUUAUUCAGACAUAUGCUUUCACUUGUAUACAAUCAUAUGUACAAACUACAUGGCAACAAAUUGAUGAAAUAAAAUGGGGAUUUAGAUAUUGAAAUGUGAAAUAUUUGGUGUUUUAUCAUUGGAAAAGAGACAAGGAUUUAAAAGCUAUCACGAGUCAAUACGAGUGAUGCACCAAUAACCCUUUUUUUUCUUCAGGGGGUGCUGAGUACAUAGUAUCUAUAAAGUAUUUGAGUAUUUGCUGAUAACAAUUACUGAUACUUGAUAAUGGGGCUGUCUUGCAAAUUUCUCACGCUAAUAAAAUAUUGUUUGCAAACAAAUUAUAUGCGAGUGUACAUGUGUAUGUAUAGACAUACAUACAUGCACACACAGGUCUGUGAGAAAAAUGCCUCCUCUAAACCGGUCGGUGAUCCAGAGAAGGUUUGGGGACAUUGCCCUGCAGAACACUGCCGGAGGAAGGCCAGGCAGGGUGGGUGAGCUUGGCGGUAGGCAUGCCAUUACACAAAGCUUUGCCUGGUACUGGUUUUGGUGCAUGCCUAGUCAAUACCAUGCUAAGUCAGAGGUAGUUUCAUUGGAUACACUGCACAUGAUGUUGGUCUACACUGAAAAAAGGCUAAAUCUCCUUUAGAUCUUUGAUUUUUUUUAAAUCAAUGUUUUGUGGAGUUGAUAUUCAAGAUAGAACAAUCUUGAUUACAUUCAUUAUUUGCACACAUUUGAGAUUGUUAGCUUACUCAGGUUAAUGACCUGAUACGCUUGACAGUGAAUCCCUUUAUUGUCCAGUAAAAAAACGAGUAGUAUUAGAUACAAAUAUAGUAAAUCAUAAUCAGGCAAUAUGUAACUUUGAUACUGCAUGCCCAUGAUCAAUCACAUUGUGAUAUAACAUUUAUACAUACAACUCUGUUCUUGAUAUAUUUAAAGUCCACCCUGCAACAAGUUCUCCAGGGCAUCAAAUUUACUGGAUGGCUUUCAGCUUUUACUCGCUCUAUCUCGAAGAUAUGCAAGUCUGUGACUGAUGCAGUCCACCAGAUAGGUACUCAAAUUGUUCUUUUUUUUUUGCAUAAUGGUAUUUUAAUUCCUUGUUGCAGAGGAACGGCUUGUGGCACUUUCUCUUUUCAGAGUAACUCUACCAUGCAUCACUUCUCAAGAAAACUCAACAGUUCCACAUGGUCUGAUUGAGAGAUUCUUUGUGGAUUUGAGCCACAGAACUGGUCUUCCUGCUGUGCUACAUGA